AUGAGUAACGACGUCGGGAAUCAGCCUGCCUUCGGCCAGAUCUGCUGGCUCCAAAUCGCCGUGUAUGAUGUCAAAAGAGCUUCGAAACUGUACUCGGAGAUUUUCAGCUGGAAGGUCAAUGAAGAUGCCUUGCCCACGGACCAACAUGGUAUCAAGGCCAUGCAUAUGUUUGAGUGCCCCGGGAAGAAGCUUGGCGGUGGUUUUCUUGUCAUGGAGGAAGGUUACCAGAUGACUCGAUAUGGAAAGCUUGAAAAGGAGGUGCUUCCUCCCCUGCCUACGUUUUGCGUCAAAGACUGCAACGAAACCUUGAAGCAGGUGGAGGGCUUAGGGGGCAGCACACAGGCGCCCAAGACGGCCAUCGGCGGUGAUAUGGGCCACUACGCUCGCUUCACAGACUCGGAGGGGAACGUCAUCGGUAUCUGGUCGCAGGACUGA